GCUUGGUCGUGUCGCGUCACGUCGACUGUUGGCUUACACAAUGCUAUACGUAGAACAUUUACUCGAAAGCGGGCACCGUUAUCUUACAAGAACGCAUGAUAGUAACCCCAAUCCUCGUAGGCAAAACUCAAGAACGCAGGAUGAGCCGAUGGUUCCAACUUGACACCGACGAUAUCGAGGACUUUCGAGACGAAUUUCGAACAUGGAAGCAAUGUGGAGGCUUUGAGAACAGGCCGACGCCGCUGGUGAUUGAAACUUAUCUAGACACGUCGCGACUAAAAAGUGGGCAAAGCAUGGUCAUACACGACGAGAAUGGGAAGCGAUGGGACGUGGUGGAGGCCCUAAACUCAUCGGACCAGUCCAGUGACAGCAGCUCUGGACGCCCAGGCAAACCAAAUACCCAAGUAACGCUGGAACGAUGGCGGGUUGAGUUGAAAGGAUCGCCACCUGAUGAUCCAGAAGAAUUUGGGCCCGUCCUUCCAACCGUGUACAAGAAGGCCAUUGUACUGUUUCGCUCUAUAUACACGACAACGGGUAUCCUGCCGGCUUGGAGGCUAAGCAGGAACUCGAAAUCGAAAUCCACACAUCCGGCUCUUCAGGUGAGAUGUCGAGUUAUCUCAGGCGACUCGCGCUCACCCGGAUCUGACACGUUGCGAACUCCGCUCUUUGAAGGCAGAGGAGACGUCUCGACCGACUACAUGUUUGGUAAUCUGGAAGUGCCCGUGGGGCGGUUCUACGUUUCCGUAUCCUACCGGAAUAACUGCAACUUCCAAGUUGUGGAGACGGAAUCGUUGCUAAGCUCACGGAUCGGUCUUGCCAUAACCGAUGACUUCUUCAAGCCAUCAUUAUCAAACCGAGGGGACGGCCGCCGAGAAUCUACGACCGAAAUCGGCUCUCUGCCAUAUCACCGCAAUGCCCGGGACGUCACCGAGAACCAUCAAAGAUACGGAAGCUUGUCGACUUUCCACGGCGAGGGGCCCCUGGGUACGAGCCCUAUCACUGCGUUGAGGCAGGUCCAGGCUCCGGGUUCGGACACCACGUCACCUCCCGAGUCGAGACCGGCAAGUGUCGAAAUGCCUCCUCAUUCUGUGCUGAUAGGUCCGGCUCGACCUCCGCUCAGGGGUCAGGAUGGAACAGACCGGAGGCCCUCGGUGUCGUUCCAGCCCUUCAAGCAGGGCUCGCUGUCAGGUUCGCCAGUGCCUAGGAUGCACGACCUGGACGUCCCCGCAUCUCCACAUUCAUACAGUCGUGGCUCAGGAUUGAGCGCUUUGACGCACACAAGGAAUCGAUCCUCCCUGACCGCUGGAAUGCCGGCGUCGUUGCGAGGCGGUCCGCCUCCCGCACCCGAUACGCCUGUUGCGGGCUCCCCGAAACCUUCAGCUGCGAAUCGAUUCAGCAGUAGUUUCACUCAUCGCCGUAGCAGAACAUAUUUUGGUGGGACCAGUCGGGCGGGAGAUGAUGAUCAAAACAGCAGCGGGAAGCAAAGCCUGUCAUCCUCCGUCGUGCAGCCCGGCUCUGGCCUACUCAACGAGGGUGGUACGGGAGGAAGCUCGGGUUCUUUCCAGACAGACGACGACAACAUCCAGGAGUUUUUAAAGGCUCUAGACAGCAAGAGGACACUGCAGAGCUUCGAGCCUUCCAAGAAAGGCGAAUCGGCUACCAAGAGGACUACCGCCCAGCUGUCCAAAUUUCACCUGAUGCGCGAGUCCAAUAAUGCCCUGACCGAAUCAAUGAACUCGUCGAUGCAACUGCAACGUUCCUCGAGUUCUUCCAGCCGACAGCUGGCUAAUGUUCCUGGCAUGUCGACAUCUUCAUCACCCGGAAAGCCGCUCUCCCCCCAUACACCACACACGCCGGCUAUACCGUCUCGGCUGAGCGAAAACUCUAGUGUGGAGUACGCAAUACCCGCAAGGGCUGCUUCGCGAUCGCGAAUUGACGGAGACAACGAAGUGUCAGAGAUACCAGCGAAUGCUCCUGUCACUCAAGAUGGAACGAUAGCCAUCGACAUACCCCUGUCGCCAAGACCAUAUCCUCACGUGAGACGGUCCAGCUCUGUAGCACAACAGAACCGUGUACUAGUAGAUGACGAUGACGUUGAUGCUCACCGAAGUAUGAGCCUGGGGACUGAUGACCGCGACGAUCGGGAACCGCCCAGCCUAAGUGCGCUGCUGGGCCGGCAUGAAGCCUUGACGGAUGGUGCAGCAGAUUCGCCAGCUUUGCAGGUUCCUACCGAUAUUCGAGCGGCGGAAUCAUCGGAAAUGUUGCAACAAGGGUCUUCGUCGUCGGCUGAACGGGAGAUACGGCCGCCCGGUGGCCUCUUCACCGGGCCCUCGGGCUCGUCACACGGAAGACGCUACGGCUCAAGUGCUGGCCGAGGCAUUACUCCCCCGCAGUCUGGGAACAGCAGUGUCACCGGACCAAGCAGCAGAUAUGGGAGAGCCUAUGCUCGUGGUGGUGCCACCGGACUCGGCGUCAGCGGUGGUCCUGCAGAGGAGAUGGAGGAAGAACCCUUACUCUUCGACAUGUCGGAGAUUGGGCGUGAACUAAGUCGCCGGAGCCUUGAGGAAGGUCGGGGUGGUGGAAGCAUGGGGUCCGGCGAUAGGGGUGGCUAUGAAUCUUCUCAUAGAAGCCGCCGUUGGUAGAUGGCCUACAUGGCUCCGCUUCGACACUUGCGGAUUCACAGGUUGUUGUGCGACCUCAACGAUCUUAUUUCAUGAUACGAUGGUCACUCCAGGACACGGUAGGUACACGGGGAAUACUCCUG